AUGACGCCACUUCCUCCGGAAAGGGUGUCGCGUCCGCUCGGUUGGCGCGAAAGUCGGUUCCCGGCCUUGGCGUUUCCGGGUUCCGCAGCGUUAGCUUGGGGUUGGGGCCGCCGCCGGGGGCGGGGGGUGCGCGCCGGGGUGGCGCCCGACCCCAGCCGCAGUCUUGCCGGCCGCGCGCCCCCCGACUUGAUGCCCGUGGGCCUUCCGGCUCCACCGAGUUCAGCUAUGUCCAGAAAUGACCAAGAACCGUUUCUUGUGAAGUUUUUAAAGUCUUCAGACAAUUCAGAAAGUUUUUUUAAAGCUCUUGAGUCAAUAAAGGAAUUACAAUCAGAAAAUUAUCUUCAGGUUAUUACAGAAGAGGAAGCAUUGAAGAUAAAGGAGAAUGACAAGUCCCUUUAUAUCUGCGAUCGUUUCAGUGGUGCUGUUUUUGAUCACCUUAAACAGCUUGGCUGCAGAAUUGUUGGUCCUCAUGUAGUCACAUUUUGUAUGCGCCACCAGCAGUGUGUUCCAAGAGCCGAGCAUCCAGUUUACAAUAUGAUUAUGUCUGACGUAACCGUAUCGUGUACGAGCCUGGAUAAAGAUAGGAGGGAAGAAGUUCAUAAAUAUGUACAAAUGAUGGGUGGACGAGUAUAUAGAGACCUUAAUGUAUCAGUCACUCACCUUAUUGCAGGAGAAGUUGGGAGCAAAAAAUAUUUAGUUGCUGCUAAUCUGAAGAAACCUAUUUUGCUUCCUUCUUGGGUAAAAACACUUUGGGAGAAGUCACAAGAGGAGAAAAUAACAAAAUACACUGAUAUAAACAUGGAAGACUUUAAGUGUCCUACUUUUCUUGGUUGCAUUAUUUGUGUGACUGGCUUAAAUGGUAUACAGAGAAAGACAGUUCAGCAACUUGUGGCUAAGCAUGGAGGCCAGUACAUGGGGCAGUUGAAGAUGAACGAGUGUACACACCUCAUUGUGCAAGAACCAAAAGGACAAAAGUAUGAGUGUGCCAAGAGGUGGAAUGUGCACUGUGUGAUUCUGCAGUGGCUUCAUGACAGUAUUGAGAAAGGCUUUUGUCAGGAUGAGUCUCUAUAUAAGGCUGAACCCAGAGCAGAAGUAAAGACCGUGCCUGAUACUUCCACUCCUACGGGUCAGAACAAUGCAGCAGCUGAAAGUCGCACUCUCGCAGAUGUCAGCCAUAUUUCCAACAUAAAUGGCAGCUGUAUAAAUGAAACAGUGUUCUGUUCAACUGUUAGCAAACUUGAAUGUACAGUUGAAGACCUAGAAAAUGUGGAUAUCAGUAUGUUUCAAGCACCUGAAGAUUUACUAGAUGGCUGUCGGAUAUUUCUUUGUGGUUUUAGUGGCAGAAAGCUAGAUAAGCUGAGAAGGCUCAUUAACAGUGGAGGUGGAGUUCGAUUUAAUCAACUUAAUGAAGAUGUAACUCAUGUAAUUAUGGGAGAUUUCGAGGAUGACGUGAGGCAGUUUUGGAGCAAAUCAUCCCACAGGCCUCAUGUAGUGGGAGCAAAGUGGUUGCUGGAGUGUUUUAGUAAAGGAUAUAUGCUCCCUGAAGAGCCAUAUAUCCAUACAAACUACCAGCCAGCUGGAAUUACAGUUUCAGAUCAGCUCGAAAACCAGACAACUGUCCUUGAAAAGAGUGGCACACUCUCUAAGAAAGACUUUGCCCCUAAUGAGACACUCCAGCAAGCAGAUGAGGACAUACUCUCUCAGUAUGUAAACAAUGACUCCACAGUAG